UUACAUGAACUAAUAUUAAACUUGAAACUAUGGUCAAAUCAAACGACAAUGUCCGAAUCAUCAUCAUUAUCGUCCGUACAGAUGGAAUCGUCCGCGAAUCGGCCCAACUUUUCAUCGACAAUUUCAUCAUCAUCUUCAUUGCCUUCAAUUUCGUUAUCAUCAUCUUCUUCAGAGAAUGAUGAUGACGGUCUCUUAAAUCAGGACUAUUUGAAUUCCAUUAUAACAAAUCUAAUGAUACACUAUGACGAAGAAGAAGAACAACAACAACAAUAUUUUCAUCAUCAUCAUCAUCAACAACAACAACAACAACAACAAUUUGCUACAUCAAGUAAAAAUCUUUUAAAACAAUCAUCGUACUACUUGAAACAUUACCCAUUUCAACUCUUUACUUCCGUUUAUCUUGAUGUUAAUUAUAAGAUCACUUGUUUUUUCGUUGUAACGAAACAUGCGACUCCAUUUUUGUCUGUUUAUAAUGGUAGUAGUAAGAAUAGAAAUGUAAAUAUAAGAUAAGAAAUAAUAACAGCA